CCGAUGAACGUUCACGGCAUUAUAUAUGUCUGCAGUCUCGCGGCGUCUGUUGUAUAAAAAAAAAAAUUAGAUUUUACAUUUUGAGUGUAACAUACACGUAAGUAGUAAAGGUGUGUGUGCGCGGUGUGUUUUGUCGUUGUAAUAUCCCGGUUGACGUGUGUGUCGUCUGCGAUGUGACGGGGAAAUGGCGGACGGAGAGAGACAGUCGGUGCAGAAUCCGCAAAAUGAGCGAAUCAGAAAGAGAAGCGACUUUCAUUAAAGGCCGUUUGCUACAACAACACCAGCGACAUCACGCAUCACUGACCCCGCGUCGCGUUUAGUAAGAUGAUCCCGACAGCAUAUAUGGACACCUGUGUCCUUCACCAGACUCUGCGGGCUCUGAAUGCCCCAUAGCAGCAGUUCUGGAGGAAGAGGGGGACCGAGUGUUUCGGUGGCGUCACGCGCUGCUGCAGGGGAUGGAGUACCACAGUUCAGGGACCCUGCCUCUCCUGGGGAGCCCGCGCUACUGUCCCGGCACGAGCAGCGCCAGCGGAUACCUGUGCCAGACCGGACACUGCUGCCAGGAGACCGGCUGCUGCACGUACUACUAUGAGCUGUGGUGGUUUUGGCUGCUGUGGAGUGUGCUGAUCCUGUUCAGCUGUUGCUGUGCGUAUCGUCACCGUCAGGCGAAGCAGCGAGUCCAACAGCAGCAGAGACAGAGAGAGAUCAACCUCAUGGCCUACCAUGGGGCGUGCAGUUACCCGUCCUCCAUGUUUGACCUCAGUUUCCUCGCCUCACUUAAACUGCCGUCCUAUGAGGAAGUAGCAGCCCAGCCCAGCACGCCCCCCCCUCCCUACAGCUCCGUGGCCUACCCACGAGGCUCCGCCCACCCGGGCCCGAGUCACAUGAUGUCAUCCCAGAGCUCCGACAACUACACCAGCUGCUCAUGUGACUCCUGCUGUCCGUCAUCACCCUGUAGCUCCUCCCCCUCGUCAGCCCAACUCACGGAUGAGACCGACACAAGCCACGCCUCCACGCCCUCCCUCAGCGAGUCUGGCCACGCCCACGCCGCAGUCAUGCACGCCGAAUGCGUUCCAUUUCACGACAGUGGCCAAUCGCCGAUCGAGGUCGUGCAGGCGGAGCUCCCAUGCUCCAAGGGGGCGGGGCUUCCAAGCUCCGCCCCCUUGGAUUGCAAUGGUAACACGAAACCGGUGAAAAACCUCAACACUAGUAGCACAGAUAACAUUACUGACGUAUUAGAAGCAUCCCAAACCAUUAAUACGAACAACAUCUGUGAUGCAAACAAUACUCACAGCCCGACGUCCAAGAAUAUCACCAGCGUUUCCAUCUCGUCCUCUUCGUCUCUGCACCUGUUCUCCAUCUCCGAUCCGCUUGGCGUCCGUCCCGAGCAGAAGAGGGAGGAGCCUGUAGCUCCGCCCCCUCAGUCUCCGCCUAGAUCCGCUGUGUUUUCUCCCGGCGUCGAACCCGAGCGCCGCGACUCCGCCGUGAGCGACCUGGACGUCGACCAAACGCACUUCCAGCAGCGACGGCUGACUGGCGACUCCGGCAUCGAGGUUUGCCGUUGCCGGGUGGAACCUGAAGAAGAGGAUGACGAGGAGGAGGAGGAAGGAGGAGGACACUUACCGGUAGAGUCGGCCAUUGGGACGGAUGACACUCUUCUCCACGAUAGUCCGGAUUGUUCAGCCAGAGCCAGACAGAUGCCAGGCGAUGGGGGCGGGAAAGAGGCGUGGCCUGUCUCAUCUGUGACUCCGCCCACUGACGCGGUCGUCAUUGCUAUGGAAACCGACUGAGCGAGUGCAUAACUGAGUGUGAGUCUGUAGAUCUUAAAGUCAGUGACGCUCUGAGAGCAACUGUACAGACUGACAUUAGAAGCUCAAGGUCACACACUACCGUACAUUUUGGGAUAACUACGAAAUUAAUCAUGUGACUGAAGACUGAUGCUAAAAUUCAGCUUUGAUCACAGGAAUAAAUUAAAAUUUACUAUAUAUUCACA